AUGGCAGACCUUGAAGACGGCUUCCGAUACGACCCGGGCAUGGCGGACCUAGAAUACAUACGGGUGAGUUUCUUUGCUAGCUACGAGAUGCUGAUGGAGAAUCUGCUGGACCCAGCGCAUGUGCCCUUCGCGCAUCACAAGUACCAGGGCGAUCCUAUAGUAAAGUCACUUUUGAGAAUUCUCAGAAUUGGCAGCUUCUCAUCCUUCCUUGUCUCACUCCCCCUUUCUACCCCAAUUUUCCCACAUCCUCCCGACUCCCCCACCCUCUCCCUCCUCUCUUCCCCCACCACACGCGAUCCUGUGCAGGAAGAGGGGUCGGGCAAGAAGCAGCGGACAGCAAUUCUCUUCUUCCACUGCAUUCCCCGCCUGCCAGGGCAGAGCCGCCUCAUCUGGUUAUUCAUGAACAACAUCAUCCCCCCCUGGGAAGAGGGGUCAGGCAAGAAGCAGCGGACAGCAAUUAUUUUCUUCCACUGCAUUCCCCGCCUGCCGGGGCAGAGCCGCCUCAUCUGGUUCUUCAUGAACAACAUCAUCCCGCCCUGGGUGCCUAUGCCGCCCGAGUGGUUCGUGCACUUGACAAGGAUGAAAGUGCCUCACGUGCUAGACACCGACCACCCUUUGCUGCACCUCACGGAGCGGCGGCUGGAGGAGGAGGGAGGGGCGGAGGGGGUAAAGAGCUACCACACUCCUGCGUCAGCCGACUCGUUCGAGCGAUGGCUGGAGGAAGAGGGAGGUGCGGUGCAGGGGAUAAAGAGCUACUACACUCCCACGUCAGCCGACUCGUUCGUCUCGGCCUAUCGCUCCUGGCUAGUCAGAUUUGCGGGCGGCAAGGCCCGCUUUCCCGCCUACGUGAAUCCGGAACUGCCUGCUGCCAAGUCAAGGAGGGAGAUUCUUGACAGGCAGCGCUUCCAUGUGCGGCUGUGCCCUGACUGCCAGAGGGUGCAGCGCUGGUCUGACCACCUCCGCACUGCCCUCUGGGCCGCCUCCCUCCUCCUCCUCGCCACCACCACCUUGUUUCCUCUUCCCCCGUUUAUCCCUCUCCCGUCAUUCCUCCCUCUUCCCCAUUGGCACGUUCCACAACACAGAGGAGCUGUAAUUGUCUUCCUUCUCUUCACCUUCUUCCCCUCUUUCCCCACCUCGUCCCCACCAUUCUCCCCCCCCCCCCCUCCUCACAGGCAGCGCUUCCACGUGCGGCUGUGCCCCGACUGCCAGCGGGUGCAGCGCUGGUCUGAUCGCCUCCGCACCGCCCUCUGGGCCGCCUCCCUCCUCCUCCUCGCCGCCACCGCUCUUCUUCCCAUCGCCCCCCCUGCUAUUCGGCAAGCUGCGGGCCCCAUGGGUGCUGUUUUUGCAGCGGCUGCUGCGGUGGUGUGUGCGGCUGCUGCCCACUGGUUGAAGGGGUUCAUGGAGAGGAAUUAUGUGUACGAGGACUUUGUUCAUGCGCUUUGGUACCCUGCGAAGAAGUAA